CGUCCUUGCUUGCCGACCCACCGACCGACUCCCGGACUUCAGCGGAGGGGGCCGACGGCCGAGGGCGGCGGUGGGGUUUGGCGGCUCGUUUUAACUUGCGCUCCAACCGCGGCGUCCCAGCCGGCCGGGCUUGCAGGCACUUCCUGCGAGUGUGGCCGGCUGGGACGUUGCGGCUGGAGAGGAGCCCGCUCCCUCGUUUCGCUCUGAGGAGGCAGCCGAGCGGGCGCGUCGGGCGAGCUUUUCUUCCGUUGGGACGCGUUUGGAAGGACCAGAAAGAGCCCUCCCCACCAGCCCCCCCGCCACCUCCUCAGCAAUUAAUUCAUUAAUUAAUUGGGCGGGCGGUAACCCCCGCCUCGGAAAAAUCCACUGCGGGCAGGAGGCGCUCGGUUGGUGGCGGGGCCGGAGUCCUUCUUUCUGGCUGGAUACGGCCCUGUCUGGGGCGCAACCGUUCGGUUCGUCGGCUUCUGCCGUUGUUUGGGAUUCGUUACGAACCAGGAGCGACCCCCGCCGGGCCAGCGUCGUUGAAGCUCCGGGCCGCCCCGAACUAAGCCGAAAACGAGGGCUUCCCCCUUCGCUUUCCUCCUGGGCGGCGUCAAAGAACAGUCUCCGAAGAAUUUGGGCCCCUGGAUUGCACAAGAGCAAUAGGAUGACAUCCCUUCUGGACCCCAGGAUUAAACAAGCCUUGCGGAAAAAGCCGUCGGAAAGGACGGAAGAGGAAUUAAAUAUUAUCUACUACUAUCUUCAUGGAAUGGACAUAUUGUCUCAUCUCAGGGAACAUCAGCUAAGAAUUAUGACUUCCACUGCACGUUACAAAAGGUACGAUGGAAAUCAAGUUUUAUUUUGUUCAGACACUAUUGCAAGAUGCUGGUAUAUUCUUCUUUCUGGAUCUGUGCUUAUGAAAGAUUCCAUGUUUUUGCCACCCUGCAG